AUGGCUACCGAUGAGAAGAGGCCGAAGAAAGGGAUAUUGAAAAACUCCUCAAGUUUCGAUAAACCAGAGAAUUCCUCGCGUAAAGAAAUGAAAUGGGAUGAAAUGAACAUCUUGGCUACACACCACCCUGCUGACAAGGACUAUGGUCACAUGAAGGUUGAUGAACCACCCACCCCCUAUGCUAGAUUAUCAGACCAGGAAGAUGAUGAUGAUGUGGAAGAUGGUGACAUACCAAACAGAAAACACCUCAAAAAGAAACAAAGCCUGGAAGAAUUGGAUGGCUUAAAUCCUGAAGACUUAGCUGAAAGAUUAAGAGAUCCCAAAUCUGCAAAAGUCUUUGACAGUCAAGAUGAUGAUGAAGAGGAGGAAUCUGAAGAAGAGACAGAAGAAAUGCGAGCCAAGAGAAAAGUGUUUGAAAAGAAGCGCAAGUUACACUAUAAUGAAUUCCAGGCUGUACAGAUAGCAAAACAGUUAAUGCAGUUGGAAGAAGAUGACAGUGAAGAAGAUAACACAGAAACUAAUAAUAUUGCAGAAACCCCUCAUCAUCCACCCUCUCUCUCUCUCUCUCUCUCUCUCUCUCUCUCUCUCUCUCUCUCAAAAGUUAUCUGUGAUUUCAUUUGUUGUUGUUGUUUAGGCUUCUUUUUUUCUUUAACUUCUCUCUCUCUCUCUCUCUCUCUCUCUUCCCCACAGUGA